AUGAGUGAACAGAAACCCGCACAACAGAAAAUUUCACUAAUAUCAUCUGAUAAUGAGACAUUCGAAGUGGAUCGGAAUGUGAUCCGAUUGUCAACCACGAUCAAUACGAUGCUUCAAGAUUUGGGAAUGGAUAAUCAAGAUGGCGGAGAUAUUGAUAUGGUUGAGGGUAUUCCGUUACAAAGCGUGAACUCAGCUAUUCUGAAAAAGGUUAUUCACUGGUGUGAAUACCAUAAAGAUGAUCCGAUUCCCCCAGAAGAUAAUGAUAACAAGGAGAAGCGCACUGACGACAUUUCAUCGUGGGAUGCAGCAAAUUAUUUGGACAUAAAGGGGCUGCUCGAUGUAACAUGCAAGACGGUAGCCAAUAUGAUUAAAGGCAAGUCACCGGAGGAGAUUCGAAGGACUUUUAACAUUAAAAACGACUUCACUCCAGAAGAAGAAGAACAGAUUCGAAAGGAAAAUGCAUGGUGCGAAGAUUAA